GAGGCAGAUUCAUUCAGACCUGAAGUAGCUUGUGUAUUCAUUUCAUUUACAUCAGUUAUAUCUGGAGGUCCUUUCGCUUCAUUUGGACUCGCCAGGACAGACUUUGACAGCAGUCCAUCAGGUCUCUGUAAGAAUGAACAAGUGGUAGCUCUCUGUCCAGCGUUUCCACGCAACAGCGGCUGUGAAGUGACGAGGCUCACGGAGGGAUACAUGCUGUUACAGAGAGCGACGGCACAGUAGAUGUGGUGCGGGUCUCAUUAGGACUCUGUGCGCCUUUUAAACCCAAUGGAGCGACAGGAUGAUGGAGGUGAGACGGUGGGGCGCUUGAUUCACCACGGUGGUGCAGAGGAGCCCGGUUCUCCUCCACUGGUUAGUGAUCACUCAGGCAGCCCAUCACAGGAGGAGCCCACCAUGAUGAGGAGGACUGACAGCUACUGGCCUGUCCCUGGCGAGGAGAAGAACCUAGAUAUGGACUUUGUUAACACCAAUGCCAGGAGCAGCGAGUCCAUACCGAUGAAAAAUCUUUAUGCGGAUCAUAGCUCGCCCCUAUACCCGCAGCUCGCCCCAUACUUUUCUGAUGGGCGGCGCCGGGUAGACUAUGUGUUGGCAUACCACAUCCAGAAGCCCAGCAGCGUCAAGCGAAGGUCAUCCAACUUUGGUGACAACAACUUCGUCCGAAGGCUUCGCCGCAGCCUGAGUAUGAGAAGCAGCCGAGCCCCACUGCAGCCAAAGGAGGACCCGGAAAUUGCCGCCCAGGAGCAACGGACAGACUAUCAUGAGGAUGACAAGCGCUUCAGGCGAGAGGAGUUUGAGGAGAACCUCUUGGAGACAGGACUUGAGUUAGAGAAGGAUGAAGGGUGUAAGAUACCUGGAAUUGGGUUCUUGAAGAUCCAUGCUCCUUGGAAUGUUCUGUGUCGAGAAGCUGAGUUCAUGAAGCUCAAGAUGCCAACAAAGAAGGUGUAUGAUGUGAAACAAGGAAGUAAUCUGGUGGAGAAGAUCAGACUCUUCAUUCACAAAGUCACAGCUCCACUCCAUCCAAAAGUAGAUGCCAACAGACCACAAACACUCAAAUCCCUCUCUCAUCCUUUCUCAAGGGAGAAGCAGCAUCUAUUCGAUCUGUCUGACAGGGACAAGUUCUUUGACAGCAAGACCAGGAGCUCAAUUGUCUAUGAGGUACUGAAGAGGACAAGAUGCACCAGAGCCAAAUACUCCAUGGGGAUCACCAGUCUGCUAGCCAAUGGUGUCUACACGUCUGCUUAUCCUCUGCAUGAUGGAGACAUCGAGGAGGUCAAUGCGGAACCUAAUGACAGGAAGCUGCUGUACCAGGAGUGGGCCAGCUACAGUGUCUUUUACAAGUACCAGCCCAUUGGACUCAUCAGGAAGUAUUUUGGGGAGAAGGUUGGACUGUAUUUUGCUUGGUUAGGUGUCUACACACAGAUGCUGAUCCCUGCAGCCAUCGUUGGAGUCAUUGUAUUCCUCUACGGCUGUGCCACUGUUGAUGAUAACAUCCCUAGUAUGGAGAUUUGUGAUCCAAGGAACAACAUCACCAUGUGCCCGCUGUGUGACCAUGUCUGCAGCUACUGGAAGUUGGUGACUGCUUGUGGCACAGCUCGUGCCAGCCACCUGUUCGACAACCCAGCCACUGUCUUCUUCUCCAUCUUCAUGGCCCUCUGGGCGGUUCUCUUUAUGGAGCACUGGAAGAGACGACAGAUGCGUCUCAACUACAUUUGGGACCUGACAGGCUUCGGCGAGGAGGAGGAGGAGGAGCAUAAGAUUGCUGUGACGUUUGCCAUAGUCUUCGGAGUCAUCCUGUACCGGAUUAGCAUUAAGGCAGCGCUGCACGUGAGCACCUACCCUGCAGCACGGUCCAACAUCAGAGCCACUGUCAAAACCACCGCCGCCAUCAUCAACCUCAUAAUCAUCAUCAUCUUAGAUGAAAUCUAUGGCGCCAUCGCCCGCUGGCUCACCACACUGGAGGUUCCAAAGACAGACAAGAGCUUUGAGGAGCGCCUCAUCUUCAAAACUUUUAUCUUGAAGUUUGUCAAUGCCUUCACACCCAUUGUCUAUUUGGCCUUUUUCCGGGGCAGGCUUGUUGGGCGGCCUGGAAACUACUUGUAUGUUGUUGGAUCAUACAGAAUGGAAGAGUGUGCUCAUGCGGGCUGCCUCAUGGAGUUGUGCAUCCAGUUGUGCAUAACCAUGCUGGGCAAGCAGCUCAUUCAGAACAACCUGUUUGAGAUCGGCAUACCGAAGCUGAAAAAACUUCUGCGGAAGAGGAAGUCAGAGUUGGACUCAAAGCAGGAGGAGGAGCUGAACAAAAGCCUGCAUCGUCACGAGAAAGACCACUUGCUGGGUCCAUUUGUUGGCCUCAGCCCCGAGUACAUGGAGAUGAUAAUCCAGUUUGGAAUGGUUACUCUUUUCGUGGCCUCCUUCCCUCUGGCUCCACUCUUCGCUCUUCUGAAUAACAUCAUUGAGAUUCGCCUGGAUGCCAAAAAAUUUGUUAUGCAGCUGCGCAGGCCAAUUGCAGCCAAAGCCAAAGACAUUGGUAUCUGGUACAACCUUUUGAGAGGCCUCAGCAAGGUAGCAGUCAUUGUUAAUGCCUUUGUCAUCUCCUUCACCUCUGACUUCAUCCCACGGCUGGUCUAUCAGUACAUGUACAGCCCUGACGGCACCAUGCAUGGCUUUGUGGAUCACACUCUGUCCUACUUCAAAGUCAGUGACUUCCAGCCAGGCACAGAACCCAAACAACCAAUGCACCUGGGCCAUAAUGUAGAAUUAUGCAGAUAUAAGGACUACAGAGAGCCUCCCUGGUCCAGCACACCUUAUGAACUCUCCAAGGAGUUCUGGGCCAUUCUGGCAGCCCGCCUUGCCUUUGUUAUCGUCUUUCAGAAUGUGGUGAUGCUUAUGAGUGACUUUGUAGACUGGCUAAUCCCAGACAUCCCCAAGGACAUCAGCCUCCAGAUCCACAAGGAGAAGAUCCUCAUGGUGGAGCUUUUUAUGAAGGAGGAGCAGGGCAAAAGACUUGCAGCGCGAGACAACCACAACCAGGACAACUGCACCUCCACCUCAUUAGCUAAUCAAAGCCCACCACAGCCGCGCUCACGGCCCAUCUCACAUGCCAACUGCUGUUAGGCUGCUUGCUGUGAGAUAGAGAAAAAUAAGCCAACACCCCAACUUGUAUACUAACUGUAAAUAACUUUAUCAGCUGCUUAUAGCUAGCUGGUAAUGGUUAAUGCGCAUACUUCAACAUAUGAUCACUUUGUUAUAAAUAUUUUAGCUUUUAUUACAUUUAAAUUGUUUUGGAAUAUUUUCUGAAGUGACCGGACUUAUUUUGAAGUGUUCACAUUAGAAUUCUUUCAGCUGAUUAACUGGCUGUUUUUGCUUGUUUGUUUUUAACACUUUCAGUUAGUUUGUUCCAUUUUUCAACAAGCCAGACUUAACCUUAUCAGGCAUUAACAAACAUCCAGGAAGUAGCAGACAUGGUAUUAGUAGCCAAUUACUCAACCACAGGAUUUAUGAUCACAAAACAUUAUUUAUUGGAUGUAAUUAAAAGGAACAAGCCAUUAUCUUCAUAAGACUCGGGGGAAUUCACUCAUUGAUGUAAGCAUUCAGGAUGUCUGAGAAAAUAACACAAAACCUUUAACCUAAUAUGAAUCAUAUUUUUGAGCAUGAAGUUCAUGCCGAGCAACUAAAUGCAGUUUUUGUACUGGAAACUGCCUUUCAAUCCAUCCAAAUGGCCUCGAUAGCUCGCAGGUGAGAUACAACACCAUUAAAUGCUAUCAAUAUAAACAGCUCAGACAGGCCUUUUUCUGUUUUGCACAAUUCUAUACAAAUGCAGGAAUUUAUUGAUGUUUUUCUUUAAUAUGCAACAUGGUCAGGCACUUGUGCUUUUGUUGUUCGGACACAGGUUUUGAAGGACCAGAAACAAGCCUGUUGAUUUGUACUAUUCUCUUGUGUGAGUGCCACAGUGCUUAUUGUUGAACAAACAGCCUAACAGUGCUCAAUGGCAUUAUUCCUAAAAGCACAAAUCAUAUAAUUAUUCAUUGUAAUGAACUGGAAUUAAAGCUGCAAGAUUGGCAAGAUUUAAAGUAUAAAUACAAAGGGAUGUCAUGAUGUCCAGAUAGUCAGAAAAUUAAAAUAAUUCCAGUAGUUUUUCCCGUGUUUCUGCUGUAUAAUCUAUAUUUUGUCUACAGCAGAACAGCAUAUAACACUGACAUAUUAUCACAUUAUAAAACUUGAUAUGGUGAAAGUAAUUUGCAAAAGUAAUUUACAUGUCCAACACAAAUCAGCAUUAGCAUUCAUAUGUUUUUCCAGUGUCUAUCAGUCAAGUUAUCACUUUAGUUCAUUCAGUUUAGUUUACCUUUGAAUAACUUGUGACAGGCAGAUUAUGUAAAAACAGCAGCUUGCUGCCGUUGGAAAAGAGUUUUAAACUAAAAGACACUAACGCUACUUUAGUGCGAGCUUAAAGGUUUAGUAUGUAAGAUUUAGGUGAAGUGGAUCUAUUGGCAGAAAUUGAAUAUAAAAUAAUCCUAUUUUGUCACCUAUUGUGUUUCUUUUAAAUUGUAGGAAUUGUUGUUUUCUUUACUCUAGAAUGGACCAAUAAUAUUUAAAUACUUUAUAUUUACAUUGGGAGUGUGUUUUUUACUGUAGCCCAGAAUGGACAAACUUAACACGUUUUGAUUUUUUAUAAUGACUGAAGGCUGCCACAGGUUCUCUUUCAUGUUUGAAAGGGGGGGUGAGGUGAGGGGUAUCCAGCAACUUCACCACUAGAUGUCACUAAAUUCUACACACUUAACCUUUAAGUUGAAUUUAGGAGUUGAAAAUUCUCUUUGGGUUUGAAUUUUAAACGUAUUGGUUGAGCUGUUAAAAUCACCAUGACUUCAUACCCAUACUCCAUUCAUAGUGAUAUUUUGUAAACAAACAGUAGCUACUUUGUGUAGUGUUAGCAACUUUUAAUGAAAUGAAAU